CUACUUUACACACGUGAACCUCUCACCCCUUUUGGAUAGUAUUCGUCCCAUUAGCCCAACUUGCAGCCACAACUUUAUCCUCACAAAAUAAACUACAGCCUCAUUGAGCACAAACUUAACACAACUUUCUUCUUCUCCUCCAUAUAGACUGCAAAAGCAAAUUAGUCUCCACCAUUACAACAUCCUCCCCUUCCCUAAUCUCUCACAACAAUGCAAGACAACCCCAAUCUAUCUCUAACCAAGCUCUUCAUUCUCCUAUCUUCUCUUCUUACCUGCCAUAGUGUUCAAUCUCAGACUUCUCCUCUCAGGACAACACAAGCCAGCAGCUCGAGCUGCGAUUUCUACCAUGGGAGCUGGAUCUAUGACGACUCCUACCCCGUCUACGACUCGGCGAACUGCCCGUUUAUAGACCCCGAGUUCGACUGCCAGAAGUAUGGCCGCCCUGAUAAGCUCUACCUCAAGUAUCGGUGGCGGCCAAUUACUUGCGAGCUUCCAAGGUUUGAUGGGAAGGAUUUGUUGAUGAGAUGGAGAGGGAAGAAGAUGAUGUUUGUGGGGGAUUCAAUAAGUUAUAACCAGUGGCAGUCAUUGCUGUGCAUGCUGCAUGCUGCCGUGCCGGGCUCCAAGAUCUACGCUGACAAAAAGGAUCCCCUAUCUACGGUCACGUUUCAGGACUACAAUGUGUCGGUGAUGUAUUACCGAACACCGUAUCUAGUUGAUGUCAUCACAGAAUCCAUCGGCCACAUCCUCAAACUCGACUCGAUAUCGAGCGGCAACAUAUGGCUCGGUGCAGACCUGCUCAUCUUCAACACAUGGCACUGGUGGAUCCACAAUGGAGCAGCUAGCCAAGGUUGGGAUUACAUCCAGUAUGGGGACAAGAUUUUGAGGGAUAUGGACAGACUUGAAGCCUUUGCCAAGGGGCUAACUACAUGGGCGAGGUGGGUGGAUUCCAGCGUUGAUGCCAACACUAAAAGGGUCUUCUACCAGGGUAUCUCUCCAACGCAUUACCAAGGUUGGGAUUGGGGAGAACCUGGAGUCAAGGAUUGUGGAAGGCAAACACAACCAGUAAUCGGAUCGACGUACCUUGGGGGUUCUCUACCUGAAGAAGGAGUGGUAACAAACGUGUUGAGUACCAUGAGCAAGCCGGUCCAUCUGCUCGAUAUCACUCUGCUAUCACAGCUAAGAAAAGAUGCUCACCCAUCGGCAUACAGCGGAGGCCACCCGGGAAUGGACUGCAGCCAUUGGUGUAUUGCAGGGCUUCCGGAUACGUGGAAUAGGUUACUGUAUGCAGCUCUAAUAUCAUGACCUAAAGAGAAUUAUAAAUUUAAGAAAGAUUCAUGGAAGAAGUAUAGAAGAUGAUGAAGAAAAAAUAUGUUGCUCUUGUUCUGGUUGUUUAUUUGCUUGAUAUUUUAAAUCAUGUAUUUUUGCUUUAGUGGUCAGAUCUUCUGUCCUAGAAGAUUCCUGGGAUUGGAAAGCCAAUGACUUCUAAAGCCAUUGUAUUCAGAAUAAUGUUAUGUCCAAAGGAGGUGGAGUAAAUUGUGCACUUUAUUCAAAAAGUCUCAAAUAAAAGCUUUGUUAUUUUAA